CAUUUGAUCGUGAGAUCUGCAUCGACAUUGUCGUCAUCGGUUCCAUAUAGGACGAACAUCAUUGCUAUUGGCAUUCUUGUUACCCGUUCCUGAACAUAGGGAAAUUGUCUCGGAACGACACCUAAGUGGCUAGUUUAAAGUCCUACGGUUUAGCAAUUCUCUCUAGUAUCGAGAUUUCAUAGGAUGGAUCGGGUAGUCCAUUGCGUAUCUACUGGUCUCAUUACCUCACUUCAUUAACGUACCGAGGUGUACGAUCCCCUAGAGGCAGGAAUUAGAUUCAUUAUACGAUCAGCAGACUAAAGUAGAUCAAGAUGCCGCCUCUGUGCGGUCAUGCUUCUUCAACGAGCGCUGCGAUGCGUGGAUGCAUCAGGGGUGGGAAUAGUCUCAGAUGGGUAGAAGGUAGCUGUAGGGGUUAUGCUAAGAAAUUGCCGCAGCAGCGAUCACUACCACCAAAACCAGCAUCAAAACCAACACCAAAACUGCCGCCAGCUAUCCCAAAACUCCCCUUUAAACCAGUAAAGCCAAAACCAGCCCCAAACCAAACUUCUAAACAGACCCCAGGCCCUACUCCCACAACGAAAUCACCCACUUCACCCCCACCUCCACCCGGACAUACACCCUCAUCCACAUCAUCCACCUCGUCUUCAUCCUCAUCCUCGUCGUCGUCUUCAUCAGGGGGGUAUGAAGACAAACGACGACCUAUCUCCGAGCUAGUCCGGAGCCGAUGGUUCCCCCUAUUCGGUGCCGGCGCCGCGGCAGUAUGUAUAGGUUUCUUCUCAAUAUCAAUGAUCACGUACUGGCGGAGCCAUCCUGCCGAGAACUGGCUACCAGGCCAAGAGCCCGAGACGCCGACGGGCCGGCCUACGAUCCAGUCACCCCUGGAAUUCGACCAGCACCUAGAUAAGUCAGAGUCGCGCUUCGGCAUCACCAAGCUGCGGCGCCGCAUCGCCUCCGUGGGUGCUCGCGGUCACGUGCUCGAGGUCGCCGUCGGUGCCGGUCGUAACUUCGAUUAUUACGACUGGAGUGUCGUGACGGAAGGCCUCGAACCCGCGGAGGAGAAGGAGAAGUCGGGGUGGUUAAGUUGGUCAGGCGGUGGGAAACAGGAAGACAAGAAGUCUGACGAGAAAGAGAACCCCGCAGUGAAAGCUGGGGAGAAACCAACCAAACCAACACCACCGCCCCAAGCCGAGGCCAAACCCCAACCCGCCAGCAAAAACGCCAUCCUCAGCUUCACCGGCGUAGACAUCUCACCAGCAAUGCUCGACCUAGCCCUAACGCGGAUCCGGCAAGUAGUCCCGCACAUGGUCUCUCAAAUCCCCAAGAAGCCCUCCUUCACGCUCCUCGCCACCUCCAGCAUCGACAACAACCCGAGCCUGACCCUCGCCAACAACCGUCUCCGGGUCCUCAAAUCCGACGCCCAAGAAGCGCUCCCAGCAUCCCCCUCGCCAUCCCAAAAAUACGACACCAUCGUGCAAACCUUCGGCCUCUGCUCCGUCCGUGAUCCCGUGCAGCUUCUCGCCACGAUGGCCGGCUCCCUGACGCCAGACACGGGACGCAUUCUCCUCCUCGAGCACGGCCGCAGCUGGUGGGAGCUGAUCAACGGGUUUCUGGACCGCAGCUCGCGCGCCCACUUCGAACGCUUCGGGUGCUGGUGGAACCGGGACAUCGAAGUCAUCGUGCGCGCCGCCGAGCGCGUGGUGCCCGGACUAGAAGUCGUGCGCCUCGAGCGCCCGGGGUGGGUUACUAUGGGCACGCAUAUCCUAGUUGAGAUGCGCGUUCGCGGGGAUGUGGCUGCUGCAGCUGCCGCUGCCGCUGCCGCCACUCAGACCGCCAAUGUUCUCGAUGGUGGUGAGGCGAGUAAGGAACAGAAAGCAACGACGGGCUGGUGGUCAUCGUGGAUGUCUAUUAGCAGUGGUAAGCCGAAGAAGGAAGAGAAAUAAGAGGGAUGGUCGAUAUGACGUCUUCAUAUAGAUAGGAUACAGAGGGUUAUCAAUACCCCGAUGUUGUACAAAAAAGAUAUAUGCGAUACGACGCUAGAUGUGUUGAUGUAUAAAAGUUGGACUAUAGAUUAGAUCUAUUCUGUGAUCGCGAUAUCACUCUGUAUCUACCCUUAGUCUAUAUUUACAAUAGCUUCACGGCCAAUUCAAUCUCAC